AGCUCUUCGGAUUUCUGAAAUUACAAUACACCCCGCACCCGCAGCCGAGUCCCCCACCUCUCAAUUCCGACCUGCCUCCUGCCUGAGCAAAUCCCCGCCUCCCGGCACGCCAUGGCCGCCGCCGAGAUGCCUGACGCAGAUGGAAAUGCCCGUCCCCCGUUCCGCACCACCAUCGGCGCGACACCUUUUGGCCCUCGUCCGCCGGCGGCGAGUUCUCGCGGUCGGCGGCCCUGGUUCCUCAAGCCGGCGCCGCCACCACGUGGGAUUCGAGCGCCCAACACUGCCCGCGCCCGCCGUCCUCCUCCGCGGGCGUGUUCGGCCCCCGCGCCGCGCUAUGUUCGGGGCUACCAGACCCUGUAAGGUCAGAAGCUCUUAAUACUUGUCGUCGCCACCCUAACCCUACAACAUAGUACUACUGUUGCUUAUGGGUCUGGGACCUCUGGGAGCAUCAGCAUGGCACUGCCUGGCUGCCCAGGCAAUUGUGGCAAUGUGAGCAUUCCGUACCCAUUCGGCACUAAAAAAGGCUGCUUCCGAGAAUCCUUUAAUGUCACAUGCAAUGAGACUGGAGCAUAUCUGGGCUCAAACGGACUUAGAGUACUGGACAUCACUCUUAACUUGGGUGAGGUUCGUGUUCAGAACCCACAAAUAUCAUCACAAUGUAACUACAGCAAUGGCAGUAAUAGCACCAGUGAUUUGGACGUCUUAUAUCUUGAUCCUUUUCAUACGGUUUCCAACACCAAGAACAAGUUGGCAUCAAUCGGCUGUGGUGUACUUGCAGUGCUUGUGGGACAAGCCGAGGGCAAGAACCAGCUUGAGUACUAUACCGCUGACUCAUGCAUUUCAUCUUGCUUUGACACAAGCAGCAUCUAUAAUGGAACAGAGUGCUCUGGCAUGGGUUGUUGCCAGGCCCCUGUUUCAGGAAACAUCAGCGCGUUCCUCGCUGGAUCCCAGCCACUACCACCUAUAUACAACUCUACCAUCCAGUCUUUCAGUCCUUGCAGCUACUCAUUCGUUGCUGUGAAGGACUGGUUCAAGUUUGAUCAUUCCUAUGUUAACUCUACAAAUUUCGCAAGUAAGCAUACAGAUGGGGUUCCUUUGGUACUCGAUUGGGUUGUUGGUAAUGAAAGUUGUUUGGAAGCCACAAAGAUGGGAUCACAGUCUGCCUGCCAAGCCAUGAACAGCGAAUGUGUUGAUGUGCCCAAUGGCUCCGGUUACCGCUGCAGCUGUUCUCAAGGUUAUGAAGGCAAUCCAUACCUACAAGGAGGGUGCCAAGACAUUAAUGAGUGCAACCAAUCCUUGAAUCCCUGCAAAGGUAAAUGCAGAAACACUGUGGGAAGCUACACCUGUUUUUGCUCAUCAGGAUUCAGGAGUGACGAUCCAAAGAGCAUACCCUGCGUUCGAUCUGACCCAAAGAGAGCGCUGAAAAUUGUGUUAGGCAUAUCCAUCAGUGUCGUCUUCCUCAUGGUUUGCAUCUUGGCUCUACGGGCCGAGUAUCAGAAAAGGAGGAUGAAGAAAGAGAAGGAAAGAUUCUUUGAUCAGAAUGGUGGUCAGAUAUUAUAUCACCAAAUUAUGUCAAAACAAGUUGAUACAUUGAGAAUAUUCACGCAAGAAGAUCUGAAGAAGGCUACAAAUGAUUUUGACAAGAGCAGAGAACUGGGCAGGGGUGGUCAUGGCACUGUCUACAAGGGCAUUCUCAAGGACAGCAGGGUAGUGGCUGUGAAGCGCUCGAAGAUCAUGAACGUGGCCGAAACUGACGAAUUCGUACAGGAGAUUAUUAUACUUUCACAGACCAACCACCGGAAUGUGGUCAGGCUUCUAGGGUGCUGUCUAGAGGUGGAAGUUCCAAUGCUGGUCUACGAGUUCAUCCCUAAUGGCACUCUCUUUGCGUUCAUCCAUCGUAACUACACAAGUCCACCUCCCUCUCUGGACACCCGUCUCAGGGUCGCUCAAGAAUCAGCAGAAGCACUGGCGUAUCUGCAUCUGUCCAUGAACCGGCCUAUAGUACAUGGGGAUGUUAAGUCUAUGAACAUUCUCUUGGACGAGAACUACAUGGCGAAAGUGACCGACUUUGGGGCGUCAAGGAUGCUCCCCAAGGAUGAGGUUCAGUUUAUGACAUUGGUGCAGGGCACCAUGGGUUACCUCGACCCUGAGUACCUGCAGGAGCGGCAGCUAACAGAGAAGAGCGACGUUUACAGCUUUGGUGUUGUGUUGCUGGAGCUGAUCACGGGCAAGACGGCCAUCUACCACGAUGGACCCAAGGAAGGCAAGAGCCUUGCAUCGUCCUUCCUGCUCGCGAUGAAGGAUGGUAGCCUUGAUGGCAUACUGGACACAAGCAUAGUGGGUGACAGCAUGGAGAUGCUUCUGGGAGAAGUUGCUGAGCUGGCAAGGAUGUGCUUGAGCGCCAGGGGGGAAGAGAGACCUUCCAUGACCGAGGUGGCUGACAAGCUGAAGGCUAUGCGAAGCACCUGGAGGGAGAAACUGGUGCUCGAGCAUGGCAAAACAGAAUGUCUGGUUGUGUGCUCCUCACCUGCAGCUUCGGCUCUUCGCGAUCCUCCAUCAUCGAGCACGUUUUCAACUGGGCCCCACAUGUCUGGAAUAGGUAUAGAGACACCCAGGUGAUGGUUUCAGUUAUUAUUACACCAUGCGAGUAGUAUUGCCAAGAGUGUGUGUGUAUGUGUUAGAGGCCUGGAGCUUCAAGUGUAUUUUCAGUAUUUGUCCUGUAUUUGUGGUACCAAGUAUUAUGUAGAAGUAGUAAUUGGUUAUUACUACAUUUAUGUCCUAGUUUUGGUUAUGUUGGUUACGGAAUAUUUGACCUUC